GUCACACUCCUUCUUCCGGAAGCCGUCUGUACCUUGCUCCUCCUGAUUGGCUUUGAUGCCCUCGAGCCCUUCCUGAUUAGAAGCUACGAUUGGCAAGUCAGCUGUCCCCUCCUGCCGUAUGUUAGGUUGAGUUUAGAGGCGCGGGGGAGAACUGGGGAAACUGGAAUUUCCCGCGGAGCUGACGGCGCUUGCUCUCCCCCUACUCGUUUUAAUUCCACGCGCUCCAAAAUAUCCGCCAUGGAGAAAUCUUGGCCAGGAUGUCCUUUCUAGGUCCACUGGUGCUGUUCUGCUGAAGGCUGGGUCAGGUAUCCACAGGACUGUGUGAUACAGCUGCAAUCAUAUCAUCACCAUGAACUUUGAGGGUCUGGACCCUGGACUGACAGAGUAUGCCCCAGCCAUGCAUUCUGCCCUGGACCCUGUCCUGGAUGCCCACCUGAACCCAAGUCUGCUACAGAAUGUGGAGCUGGACCCAGAGGGAGUGGCCAUGGAGGCUCUUCCUGUCCAGGAAUCAGUGCACAUAAUGGAAGGUGUCUACUCUGAAUUGCACAGCGUGGUGGCUGAAGUGGGUGUGCCUGUGUCAGUUUCCCACUUUGACUUGCACGAGGAGAUGCUAUGGGUGGGAAGCCAUGGGGGCCAUGCCACUUCAUUUUUUGGCCCAGCCUUAGAGCGCUACUCAUCCUUUCAGGUCAACGGCAGUGAUGAUAUUCGCCAGAUCCAGAGCCUGGAGAAUGGUGUCCUUUUUCUCACAAAGAACAACCUCAAGUAUAUGGCUCGUGGGGGACUCAUUAUAUUUGAUUACUUGCUGGAUGAGGGUGAGGAUAUGCACAGUCUCCUGCUGACUGACAGCAGCACACUACUUGUGGGUGGCCUACAGAACCACAUAUUAGAGAUUGAUCUGAACACUGUCCAGGAGACUCAAAAGUAUGCAGUCGAAAUACCUGGAGUCACCAUCAUGAGACAGACAAAUCGCUUCUUCUUCUGUGGCCACACAUCUGGCAAGGUUUCCCUGCGCGACCUCCGUAGUUUCAAGGCAGAGCAUGAAUUUGAUGCCUUCUCAGGGAGUCUGUCAGAUUUUGAUGUGCAUGGCAACCUGCUGGCUGCCUGUGGCUUCUCCAGUCGCCUCACUGGCCUGGCCUGUGACCGAUUCCUCAAGGUAUAUGACUUGCGAAUGAUGCGAGCCAUCACACCACUUCAGGUUCAUGUGGAUCCUGCCUUCCUACGCUUCAUCCCUACAUAUACUUCUCGUCUUGCUAUCAUCUCCCAGUCAGGGCAAUGCCAGUUUUGUGAGCCCACAGGCCUGGCCAACCCAGCAGAUAUCUUUCAUGUGAAUCCCGUGGGACCUCUGCUAAUGACAUUUGAUGUGUCCACCAGCAAGCAGGCCCUGGCUUUUGGGGAUUCUGAGGGCUGUGUGCACCUCUGGACUGAUUCCCCGGAGCCUUCCUUCAACCCCUACUCCCGUGAGACUGAAUUUGCUUUGCCUUGUCUGGUGGACUCACUGCCUCCUUUGGACUGGAACCAAGACCUGCUACCUCUUUCCCUCAUCCCUGUUCCACUCACCACGGACACGCUUCUUUCUGAUUGGCCUGCUGCCAACUCCGCCCCAGCUCCCAGGCGAGCACCACCUGUGGAUGCAGAGAUACUGCGCACCAUGAAGAAAGUGGGCUUCAUUGGCUAUGCGCCCAACCCCCGCACCAGGCUUCGCAAUCAGAUUCCUUACCGACUAAAGGAGUUGGACAAUGAAUUCGACAGCUUCAGCCAGGUCACUGAGUCACCAAUAGGGCGGGAAGAGGAGCCACACCUCCACAUGGUCUCUAAGAAAUACCGCAAGGUAACCAUCAAGUAUUCUAAGCUUGGGCUGGAGGACUUUGACUUCAAACACUAUAAUAAGACCCUGUUUGCUGGAUUAGAGCCCCAUAUCCCCAAUGCCUACUGUAACUGCAUGAUCCAGGUGCUCUAUUUCCUGGAGCCUGUUCGCUGUCUAAUCCAGAACCACCUUUGCCAGAAAGAGUUCUGCCUGGCAUGUGAACUGGGCUUCCUCUUCCAUAUGUUGGACCUCUCUCGUGGUGACCCUUGCCAGGGCAGUAACUUUCUUCGGGCAUUCCGUACCAUUCCUGAGGCCUCAGCCCUUGGCCUGAUCCUGGCUGACUCAGAUGAGGCUUCAGGCAAGGGCAAUCUGGCCAGACUCAUUCAGAGGUGGAAUCGCUUCAUUCUCACACAGCUGCAUCAGGAUAUGCAGGAGCUGGAAGUACCCCAGGCUUACCGAGGUGCUGGAGGCAGCAGCUUUUGUUCUUCGGGGGACUCUGUCAUUGGGCAGCUGUUCAGCUGUGAGAUGGAGAACUGCAGCCUCUGCCGCUGUGGCAGCGAGACCGUGCGAGCUUCAUCCACCCUACUUUUUACACUCUCCUACCCUGAGGAUAAGACCGGGAAGAACUGUGACUUUGCUCAGGUUCUAAAGCGAAGCAUUUGCCUGGAGCAGAAUACUCAGGCCUGGUGUGACAACUGUGAGAAGUACCAGCCCACGAUUCAGACCCGCAACAUCCGCCAUCUCCCAGAUAUUCUUGUCAUUAAUUGUGAGGUAAACAGUUCAAAAGAGGCAGAUUUCUGGAGAAUUCAAGCUGAGGUUGCCUUCAAGAUGGCAGUAAAGAAAUAUGGUGGGGAAAUCGCUAAGAAUAAAGAAUUUGCUUUGGUUGAUCGGAAGGAACUAAGGAGUCCAGAAGGUUUGCUGUUGUGUUCCUCCAUUGAGGAGUUGAAAAAUGUCUGGCUUCCUUUUUCUAUUCGGAUGAAGAUGACCAAGAACAAAGGGCUGGAUGUUUGCAAUUGGACUGAUGGGGAUGAGCUUAGCAGCCUGGGUACCCCCUCACAGUGGGGCCCCGCCAGGGCAGAGGAGGAGCAUGGUGUCUGUGUGUAUGACCUGAUGGCUACUGUGGUGCACAUCCUGGACUCGCGCACAGGGGGCAGCCUGGUGGCUCACAUCAAAGUUGGAGAGACCUACCACCAGCGCAAGGAGGGCGUCACUCACCAGCAGUGGUAUCUCUUCAAUGACUUCCUUAUUGAACCUAUUGAUAAACAUGAGGCAGUGCAGUUUGACAUGAAUUGGAAAGUACCUGCUAUCCUUUACUAUGUGAAGAGGAAUCUCAGUGCCAGAUACAACCUGAAUAUCAAGAAUCCUAUUGAGGCUAGUGUGUUGUUGGCUGAAGCCUCACUGGCACGGAAGCAGCGGAAAACACAUACUACCUUUAUUCCACUGAUGCUGAGCGAGAUGCCACAGGUUGGGGACCUGGUUGGCCUUGAUGCUGAAUUUGUCACUCUUAAUGAGGAAGAAGCAGAGUUACGCAGUGAUGGCACUAAGUCUACCAUUAAACCAAGCCAGAUGUCAGUAGCAAGGAUCACCUGUGUUCGGGGCCAGGGACCCAAUGAGGGUAUCCCCUUCAUUGAUGACUACAUCUCUACCCAGGAGCAGGUGGUGGAUUACUUGACUCAAUACUCGGGGAUAAAACCAGGAGACCUUGAUGCCAAAAUUUCCUCCAAGCACCUCACAACCCUUAAAUCUACCUACUUAAAGCUUCGUUUUCUCAUUGACAUAGGAGUCAAGUUUGUGGGUCAUGGCCUACAGAAGGACUUCCGGGUCAUCAACCUCAUGGUGCCCAAGGACCAAGUCCUUGACACUGUCUACCUGUUUCACAUGCCCCGAAAACGAAUGAUUUCCUUGCGAUUCCUUGCUUGGUACUUUCUGGACCUGAAGAUUCAAGGGGAGACCCAUGACAGUAUUGAGGAUGCCCGCACGGCCCUUCAGCUCUACCGAAAGUAUCUGGAGUUAAGCAAGAAUGGUACUGAGCCAGAGUCCUUCCACAAGGUGCUUAAAGCUCUUUACGAGAAAGGACGUAAAAUGGACUGGAAGGUGCCUGAGCCUGAAAGCCAGACAAGCCCAAAGAGUAAGGCCUGGGAUGGGACAAUGGAAACUGGACUGGAUAGAUUUUGAAUGUAUAGCGAUUAUAAACACCACACAAAUAAUAAUGCUGCUCCUAGCUUAUUUUUGUGAAGCACUUAAACACUUUACAAAGCACAUAAUUCUCCUAACAGUGAAAUAGACUUUAUGGAUCCAUAAUUUCCUCUUGUUUAAUUCUAAAAUGUUUGGAGAAGGCCCAUAUAUUUUUAUCUUGCAUUUUUCCUUCAUAAGAGAUAUCCUGGCAGGGUGCGGUGGUUCAUGCCUGUAGUCCCAGUACUUGGGAGGCUAAGGCAGGAGGAUUGCCAUGAAU